UUUUAUUCUCUUAACCCUUUUUCUUCCUACCGCAAACACCAUUCUCUCUCGCUCUCCAUUUUCACUGCUCUAACCUUCAAUUUCCCCAAAUACGACGUCGUGACAAAUCAAUGGCUUCUUCACUGGCUGCCAUGACCGCUCGCAGAGCCGCUAAUUUCGCUCGCCUCUCACCGUCCAUCUCAUCGGCCGUUCGACCGUCUUCUCUAAUUUCCCGCCGCGGUCUCGCCGGCGCCGCUGAUCACCAUGGGCCGCCGAAGGUUAAUUGCUGGUCGAAACCAUCGGAUCCAGCCAACUGGAAGGAAGAGCAUUUUGUCAUUGUCUCUUUAACUGGAUGGGGUGUGCUUAUCUUCGGAGGGUACAAGUUGUUCGCAGGAGGAAAGAAGGAAGAGAAAUUAGUGGAAGCAGCACAAUAGGCUGGAGAUCCAUUAAACUAGUUUAUUCUUCUAAUAAUAUGUGCUUCAACUCGAUUGUUUGUAUGGAGAAAGUUUAUCUCCGGUGAUCUUUGUUAUCUUUUUUUACUGAGGAAGAACGACGAUGUUUUUUUUCUUAUUGUCCUGGCGACUCUCGUUUUACUACACCUUCCUGUUUGUUUUAUCUUUUCAUAAUAAUGGAAAAAAAGAACAUGUGCCAUUUUGAGCUGUCA